AUUGGACCGAUUAAACUGGGAAAUAAGUUUCACCUCAUAUCUGAGUUCUGCAGCAGUGCAGCUCUCAUUCAGCCUUUUCCUCGUCUGCCUCCAUACCCAAAUCUCUCUGCUCUCUCUCUCGUGCCCAAAUGGCGUCUGCAAUGCAACUUAAUGUUAAGCCAAUCAGACUUGCUUUCCAUUCUAAACUAGAUUCCAAACACUCCCAUAAACCUGCUAGAAUUAGCUGCGCCGCCGCCACGCCAUCGAAACGCUACUCCAUCACUCUCCUCCCCGGCGAUGGCAUCGGCCCCGAAGUCAUCUCCGUCGCCAAGAAUGUCCUUAAGCUUGCUGGCUCUCUCGAAGGCAUUGAGUUUAGUUUCCAAGAGAUGCCUAUGGGUGGAUCUGCGUUGGAUUUAGUAGGUGUUCCAUUGCCAGAGGAAACCCUUUCUGCUGCUAAACAAUCUGAUGCAGUUCUUCUCGGAGCCAUUGGAGGGUAUAAAUGGGAUAAUAAUGCAAAACAUUUGAAGCCAGAGACUGGGUUGCUUCAGCUCAGAGAAGGGCUUAAGGUCUUUGCAAAUUUGAGGCCAGCUACUGUCUUACCCCAGUUAGUGGAUGCUUCAACUUUGAAAAAAGAGGUUGCCGAAGGCGUCGAUGUCAUGGUUGUAAGGGAGCUUACUGGAGGUAUUUAUUUUGGAAAACCAAGGGGAUUUGGCACCAAUGAAUCUGGUGAAGAGAUUGGCUUCAAUACCGAGGUGUAUGCUAAGUAUGAGGUUGAUCGCAUUGCUCGUGUUGCAUUUGAGACUGCUAGGAAGCGACAUGGAAAACUCUGCUCUGUUGACAAAGCAAAUGUCUUGGAGGCAUCAAUGUUUUGGAGGAAAAGAGUAAUGGCCAUCGCAGCAGAAUAUCCUGAUAUUGAGCUCUCACACAUGUAUGUUGACAAUGCUGCAAUGCAGCUUGUUCGCAAUCCAAAACAGUUCGAUACAAUUGUGACAAACAACAUAUUUGGUGAUAUACUAUCUGAUGAGGCAUCAAUGAUUACUGGAAGUAUAGGGAUGUUGCCAUCGGCUAGUCUUGGUGCAUCGGGACCUGGACUUUUUGAACCAAUACAUGGUUCUGCUCCUGACAUUGCUGGACAGGAUAAGGCCAAUCCAUUGGCAACAGUGCUAAGUGCUGCAAUGCUUUUGAAAUAUGGUUUAGGGGAAGAAAAAGCUGCAAAGAGAAUUGAGAAUGCAGUUUUGGAAACCCUGAAUAAGGGGUUUCGGACGGGUGAUAUUUACUCUGCUGGAACUAAAUUGGUGGGAUGCAAAGAAAUGGGUGAGGAAGUGCUGAAAUCAGUAGACUCCCAAGUUCUAACUGUCGCUUAAAACGAAACCAUAUUACCACCAAAUUCAGGAGCUCAAUGCUUUUUCACUAUCGUGUGGGUCUUAAGCAUCUUCACAUCGUGAUGGGAAGUGGAAAAAUAUCUGUUUUCUCUCCCCAAUUUUUAGUUGCCAGCUUUCGAAUAGGUAUUGUAAUUUAUUGAAGUCAUUACUGUGGCAAAAAAGAUGCUGCAAUAUCAAAACAGAGUCAAAGCAAUCGCAUUUCGCUGACAGAUUUUCAUCAUUACCCUAGUUAAGGAAGCCUGUUGUAUUAUGAAUGACUGCUCAAGUAGUGGAAAAUAAAUUCCCUGUUUCAGAUUGAUAUGAA